AUGACUGCCAAAUUGAUAACUAAACGCGGGCAGCUCAAAGGCGUAUUAACAAGGUUUUGGACCUACGUCUCCGCAGAUGAUAGCGACGUCGAACAAAUUCUUGUUAGAAAAGAAAAAAUUGAAGAAGUCUGGCAAGAGUUUAAUCAGGUUCAAGCCGAAUUAGAAAUGGAUGAUCAAAAUGACGGCGACGAACUGUAUAAUUAUAGAGCGGAGUUCGAGGAAUCAUAUUUCAAAGCGGUCGCUACAGCCAAUAAAAAGAUUCAACAUGAACAAAACAGCGUUAGGACUAUUAGUCAACAAGAAGACAGUACAUUGAUGACUGACGAUCGCAUAAAAAAGACGAGCGAACUCGGGCUUUGCAAAAUUUGUUUGCGUCGACACGACAAGAAAAAGUGUCUGGCACGUUAUUGCUUUAAGUGUGGCAAGCCGCACAAUACGAUGUUACACCUAGGGCCAGAACAACAGAAAACCGCGUCACCUGUCGAAACAAAAAAAGAUAAAGACGUAAUUGAAACGCCCGUAUCGGCAUCAUCGACUUCGUCAAUAAAUGCACACGCAGCGACAUCGACGGAACAGGUUUUAUUAACGACGGCGAUAGUAUUAGCAGCAAAUGUGAACGGAAAUAUGAUACCAUGUCGUGCACUAUUGGAUUCCGGUUCACAAACGAACUUCAUUACAGAAGAAUUAGCGCAAACGUUGAAAUUAAAAAAGGCGCAGAGCAUUUUUUUCGACAUUUUAUGUGAAGGAAAAAUACGAACAAAUCCUAAUGGUCCAUUAUAUCAAAAAACACAGUUUGGAUGGGUAGCCUCCGGACUUGUCGCGGAAAAUCAUCGGGAAAAUGCAAUGAUUACGAGCUCAACAUUUUUUACAACCGAAAAUGGACCUACAGUAGAAAAGCUGUUACAGAAGUUUUGGUUCAUCGAAGAACCACGAAAUAAUGUCACACAUACGCGAGAGGAACAAGUAUGUGUAGAGCAUUUUAAUAAUACGGUAACUCGGUGUAAAGAGGACGGACGUUUCAUAGUUCAACUACCUUUGCACGGGAGCUCAAAAAGAUUGGGCAAAUCAUACGAAAUUGCGAAACGCCGUUUAUUAGCCAUGGAGAGAAAAUUCGAAAACAACCGCCAUUUGAAACUAGAAUACACACGCUUCAUGAAGGAAUACGAAGAACUGGGUCAUAUGGAGCUGGUGAAGGAUGAGGUCGAUGAAAUCGAAGGCGAAACGUGUUACUUACCACACCACGCAGUUCGAAAAGAAGACAGCACGUCGACAAAAUUACGCGUGGUGUUCGACGCGUCGUGCAAAACGCAAACAGGUGUUAGUCUGAACGAUAUUUUAUUAAAAGGACCUGUCAUUCAGGAUGACAUUAUAUAUAUUUUAGCGCGUUUCCGAACACACCGGUACGUCUUAUCAGCCGAUGUAGAAAAAAUGUAUAGACAGAUUUGGGUGUCAGAAGAGCAUCGCGAUAUGCAACGCAUAUUGUGGCGCGCCACUCCAGAUAUGCCUAUACAGACCUACCGUUUAAAUACUGUUACUUAUGGUACGAUAACGGCUUCGUAUCUGGCGACCGCAUGUUUCAAACGUUUGGCUGAAAUUUACCAAAACCAGUAUCGUGAGGCGGCGACAGUAAUCGUACGCGAUUUUUAUAUGGACGACUUUUUGGGAGGUGCAGAAUCGAAGGAAAAAGCCGCGGAACUUUUAACGCAACUUAUCGCACUGUUGGGUGCGGCUGGUAUGAAGUUACGAAAAUGGUCGUCGAAUGAUAUUGAUUUGGUUAAAUCUAUAGUACCUGAGGAAGACAUUGAAUUGUCGAAUGAUUUUGAAACCGAAGGUGCUGUUAAAAAAAUCUUAGGAUUAUUUUGGGACGCCAGUUCUGACACAUUAAGGUUUAAGGUUCCACCAGUACCAAGUUGUGCAAAAAAUACGGUAUCCAAACGGAAGAUAUUAUCAGAUAUAGCGUCGAUUUUUGAUCCGUUAGGCUUGGUAGGACCGGUAGUCAUACGCGCAAGGAUAUUAUUACAAGCCCUGUGGCGCGAAAAAAUCGAUUGGGACGAAGCCAUACCAGCUUAUAUGCAAGAAGAGUGGCGAAAAUAUUGCGAAUCGAUGUCGGCAUUAAGUAACCUUAGUAUACCACGUAAAAUCGCAGGUGAUUUAACUAACAAAGAAAUAGAAGUUCACGGUUUUUCAGAUGCUAGUGAACUAGCGUACGGUUGUUGUUUAUAUGUAAGAUGCACAAAUAGUGUCGGUAUAUAUUAUACAAGUUUAAUAUGUGCUAAAUCGAAAGUAGCCCCCAUAAAGUCUCUGUCGAUUCCACGCCUGGAAUUAUGCGCAGCUUUGUUGUUAGUACGAGUAGCAACGACAUUAUUACCUAAGUUACAAAUAAAUAUACAGCGAAGAUACUUUUGGACGGAUUCGACUAUCGUACUGUCCUGGAUCGCAUCACAGUCCGCGAAAUGGAAAACUUUCGUAGCCAACAGAGUAAGUGAGAUACAGGAAAAUACUUUACAGUCUGAAUGGCAUCAUGUUAAGUCAAGUGACAAUCCCGCCGACGUAAUUUCAAGAGGUUGUUGUGCGUCAAAAUUAGCUCAAAAUGAAUUAUGGUGGUCUGGACCGGCCUGGUUACGUCAAAACGAGCGUGAGUGGCCAGCGCCAUCGUGGAAUAUGCUACCCGACGAGUUCGAUGUAAACAAUAGUGUGGCAGAGAUGAAGAAGAACGAGACGUUCACCUUGGUAGCGACGGAGGCGGAUGAAACGAUUUUACAUCGUUUUUCGUCGUUGUCAAAAUGUAUACGGAUAACCGCGUGGUGCUUACGUCUAAAAAAUAAUACGUUACUUAAAAAUGAAAAAAUUAGUGGUUCGCUUAGUGUCAGCGAGUUGGACAAUGCGAAGACGACACUAAUAAAAAUGGUACAAGCUGUAAAUUUUGCUAACGAGCUGCGUGAAUUAAAAAAUAGUAACCGUGUAUUACCAAAAAGUAAGUUAUUACGCUUACGUCCUUUCUUGGACGAGAACAAUUUAAUACGCGUCGGAGGUCGGCUGAAAAAUGCAUCGUUAAUUGAUAUACAACACCGGCACCCGAUUGUACUGCCAGCUGAUAGUAUGUUUACGAAACUAUUAUGUCGCGAUCAACACGAGCGCUUGAUGCACGGCGGGCCGCAAGCGGUAUUAGCUGCAAUACGCUUAAAGUACUGGCCGAUAAACGGACGUAAUUUGAUACGCAACAUAAUACAUAAGUGCAUUGUAUGUUUCCGCAGUAAACCUAUUACCGUACAGCCUAUAAUGGGAAAUCUACCUAGUGAUCGCGUCGAGCCUGGACGUCCAUUCCUAAAAUGUGGGGUAGAUUUCGCCGGGCCAUUUUUCAUAAAGUCUAGUCUGUUGCGUCGAGCCCCGUUGAUUAAGUCAUAUGCUUGUGUAUUUGUUUGUUUUGCCACUAAGGCAGUUCAUAUAGAAUUAGUCAACGAUCUCACGACGCAAUCGUUCAUAAAUGCGCUAAAUAGAUUUUUCGACAGACGCGGGAAAAGUUCCGUAAUAUAUUCAGACAAUGCAACUAACUUCGUCGGCGCGAAUAACAAAUUGAAAGAGCUACGUCAACUAUUUCAAUCAGAGCUGCAUUUAAAUAGUACGAAAAAAGCGUUGGCCGACGUCGGCGUAUCAUGGCAUUUUAUUCCCCCGCGGUCCCCACAUUUCGGUGGUUUAUGGGAGGCGGCGGUGAAGUCCAUGAAAUCAUUGUUAGUCAAAGUAUUGGGCAACGUAAACUUGACUUUUGAAGAACUAGCUACUCUCCUAACACGUGCUGAAGCAUGUCUAAACUCUCGCCCAUUAACUCCCUUAUCUUCCGAUCCGUCUGAUCCUACCUGUAUCACUCCUGCACACUUCCUGGUGGGAGACUCUCUUGUCGCUAUACCUGAACCUAAUUUAUUAGAUGUACCCAUAAAUCGUCUAACGAGAUGGCGUCGAGUCACACAAUGUUCACAGUUGUUAUGGCGUCGUUGGAGUACAGAAUACUUAGGACAGCUACAGGAACGCGCCAAGUGGUCAAGCGAAAAAGGACCGGGAAUCAGACUGGGUUCAGUGGUCUUGAUCAAAGAGGACAACAUUCCCGCAUUGCAAUGGAGAUUAGGCGUCAUUGUGAGCACGCCACAAGGUGAUGACGGGAUAAUACGAGUAGCGCAGGUCAAAACAGCCGAGGGUACAUAUAAACGCGCAGUAAGGCAAUUAUGUCCGCUGCCUUUUGAAGGCAACACAGAUUAA